UGGAUAUGGGUCUCCAGUUCGUGGAGGCAUCUCUUCCAGGGUUUUUCAGUGUUGUUCAAAUAACAUUUCUGAGAGUCUCUUGAUGUCACUGAAACAACAGGCUUAGAGGUUUCUCCUGGGCAUCUCCAGUUGGCAGAUCUUCUCCAUUCUACCCCCUACUCUAGUUCUGCCAGCAUACCCCUGCCUGAGCCUCCUGGCACAAGAGAUAAAAUGAAAAGGUUACUCCCAGCAGCUGGUCCAGCAGAUACCAGCAGGGAGGGAGUAGGAGAGAAGAAACUUGUCGGGGUGCUCACAGGAGGAGUGGAGGGAAGUUUCACUAUUCACAGACUCUUUAAGCCAGCAAAAGUACCUCUGGCAUAUUCUGUCUGGAAAACAAAUUCAGAGAAGGAGCCCAGAAGCAACAGUUCAAGACAGCCCCUUCCUGCAGCCAAGUGGAUAAGAGCAGACUUCAGCCAUGGGACAGGGUGAGCCAAGCCAGCUCUCCGCAGGGCUCACUGGACUGUCAGUAGCCCCUCCAUCGUUACGUGUUUUUCAUUAAAGGAAAGAGGAUGGUGCCCUGGGUAUCAAGAGCUGUGACUUCCAGGCAGCAAGAAACAAUGAGGAGCACCACACCAAGGCCAUCAGCUCCCAACGCCUCAUCGUGAGGAGGGGACAGCCCUUCAGCGUCAUCCUGCACUUCCGUGCUCCAGUCCGCACAUUUCUGCCUACUCUGAAGAAGGUGGCCCUCAUUGCACAAACUGGAGAGCAGCCUUCUAAGACCAACAAGACCCAAGCCACAUUCCCAAUCUCCAGUUUGGGGGACCGAAAGUGGUGGAGUGCAGUGGUGGAGAAGAGAGAUGCCCAGUCCUGGACCAUCUCUAUGACCACACCUGCAGAUGCUGUCAUUGGCCACUACUCGCUCCUGCUGCAGGUCUCAGGAAGGAAGGAACACCUCUUGGGUCAGUUCACACUGCUCUUUAACCCUUGGAGUAGAGAGGAUGCUGUGUUCCUGGAGAAGGAAGCUGAACGCAGGGAGUAUUUGUUGAACCAGGAUGGCCUCAUUUACCUGGGCACCGCUGACUGCAUCCAGGAAGAGCCCUGGGACUUUGGCCAGUUUGAGGGCGAUGUCGUGAACCUCAGCCUGCGCUUGCUGAGCAUGGACAAGGAGGUGGAGGAGUGGAGCCGGCCCGUGCACGUGGCCCGUGUGUUGGGCGCCUUGCUGCAUGCUCUCAAGGAGAGGAGUGUCCUGCCCACCCCACAGACCCAGGUUGCUCAGGAAGGGGCCUUGCUGAACAAGCGCCGGGGCAGCGUGCCCAUCCUGCGGCAGUGGCUCACUGGCCAAGGGCGGCCGGUGCAUGAGGGCCAGGCCUGGGUGAUGGCCGCUGUUGCUUGCACAGUGCUGCGCUGCCUGGGAAUCCCUGCCCGCGUCGUUACCACGUUCUCCUCAGCCCAGGGAACCGGUGGGGGCCUGCUUGUAGAUGAGUACUACAGUGAGGAGGGGCUUCUGAACGGAGAAAGCCAGAGAGGCAGAAUCUGGAUCUUCCAGACUUCCACAGAGUGCUGGAUGACCCAGCCUGCUUUGCCCCAGGGUUAUGAUGGAUGGCAGAUUCUAUAUUCAAGAGCUCCUAAUGGAAGUGGAGUCCUGGGGUCCUGUGAUCUGGUCCCAGUCAAAGCAGUCAAGGAGGGGACACUGGAGCUGAGCCCUGCAGUAUCAGAUCUCUUUGCUGCAGUAAAUGCCUCGUGUGUGGUCUGGAAGUGCUGUGAGGAUGGGUCACUGGAGCUGACUGACUCCAACACAAAGUUUGUUGGCAAUAGCAUCAGCACCAAGGGUGUGGGCAGUGACCGCUGUGAGGACAUCACUCAGAACUACAAGUAUCCUGAAGGAUCUCUUCAAGAAAAAGAAGUGCUGGAGAGAGUCCAGAAAUGGAGAAUGGAACUCGGGAAAGACAAUGGCAUCCAUCCUCCCAGUCUUGAGUCUGCUGAUCCUCUGUACCUAUUCUUGGAAGCCCCUACCUCCCUUCCCCUGAGAGGGGAUGCCCAGCUCUCAGUGACCUUGGUUAACUCCAGCGACCAGGAGAAGUUGGUGCAGCUGGCAAUUGGGGUCCAGGCUGUGUCCUACAAUGGUGUCCUCGCUGCUGAGCUCUGGAAGGAGAAGCUGCCCCUCACACUCAGCUCCAACCUGGUUAAGAGAAUAACUACCAGCCUGUCCUUCUCCCAUUUUGAGCGAAACCCACCUGAGAACUGCUUCCUCAGACUCACUGCCAUGGCAACGCACUCUGAGUCCAGACUUAGCUGCUUUGCUCAGGAAGACAUCGCCAUUCGUAGACCACAUCUUUCUAUCGAGAUGCCAAACGAAGCAGAGCAAUAUCGACCUCUCACGGCCUUGGUCAGUAUCCAUAACUCCCUAGAUGCUCCCAUGAAGGAUUGUGUGAUCUCCAUCCUUGGAAGAGGGCUCAUUCACAGAGAGAGGAGCUACAGAUUAAGUUCAGUGUGGCCUGGAAACACCUUGUGCACCCAGUUCCAGUUCACGCCAACACACAUAGGACUCCAGAGGCUCACUGUUGAAAUGGACUGCAACAUGUUCCAGAACCUAAACAGCCACAGAAGUGUCACUGUGAUCGCCCCUAAACUUUCAGCUUAAAUUUCCAGCUCUGUCACCACUUUCCCCAACCAACACUUGAAGCUAUGAUCUAAAACCAAACAUGUGCUGGGAAG